AUGGUCGUUGCGAAUGGAGAUGCCUCUUCGACUGGGGUGAGGCCGUCGAUGCAUGGCAUUUGCCCUCCCCCCUCUGGGCUGUCUGGGGGCACGUGCAGACCGUUUGGCAGCUCCCUCGGACCUGGCAUCGCUUCUGGAAAUGCUGGCACGCAGUUGAUCGCCUUCAUCCCUGGGAUUCAGGUGUCAAAUCUGCCUUUCGUGUCCUCCGGGCUGCUGCUGAAACGCGUUGCUCAUCGUCUCGUGAGCCUCCGGCCGCCCUUCAGAACCUUCUGGCUGCCACUGUCUCUUUUCGGCAGGUGUGUCUUCGCGUCCGCUUUGGCGGUGCAGUGUGGUGCUGGGGCGUCCCCAGCCGGGAUGGGAUCUCGGUCCUCCGGCGUCUUCUUCCCGAUGCCACUUUCCGCAUUGCCAAUUUGGAUGGGGGUGCCGUUUUCGCUGCGCACCAUCCAUCUUGUCCUGCCUCGUGGUGGUCUGAGCUGCUUGCUCUUUGCUCUCCGGCUCCGCGGGGCCCUUCUCCCUGUGUUCGUCCUCUUCGAGCCACCUUCAUUUUCCGCACGGAGCCGCUGGGUCACGCCUAAGGUGUUUCUCGCCUCCUGCGCUUUUGCCUGCGAUGACUCACAGUGA